AUGAUGACUAGGAAGGGUACUUGCUGUUUUGUUCUGGAUACUUCAUUUUCCACGGUAUUUGCAGCUGAAUCGUCAGGAGGCCAGGUGGUGCCCUUGAAAAAGCAGGAGUCUGUUGGAAACGUUGGUGUCUGAGAUGUGGGGAUCCCAGCUUCUCUGAGGACCCGCUCUGUGAUGCUGGACAGGUCAGGGUAACCCUCUGGGACCCCCACGUUCUCAUUUGAAAACCAAGGAUUACAGUGUCUGUUUCAUCCCUGAAGCGUGGUAAAGAUCACAUGACAUGUCUGUGUGAGGACUCUGAAGAUGGACAAGUGUAACAUAUUACAAAAAGUUCUCUGCGUGGACACAAGGCAGCAGAAACGGUACCUUUGAUGUUUAAUUAAUACUGAAAAUCUUCCAUUACAUUUAUUUAGCUGUAAUUGGGAAGGAGGAGGGCCAGAGUAAUUUUCAAAGGGACUUUUUUGAGCUCUAAAAAUAGCACUCAGAAAACACAUGUUUGAUUUUCCUUUUGGUGUCAAACCGCAGUGCCAUUGUUAUUAGCAGUUUUACAGAAUUGUGACCUUCAAACUUGGUGAGAGCAAAGACUGAAAGAAAGCUUCUAGCCUUAAACCCUUUCAAACAGGCUUUUCAAAUUAAAGCACUUUUAUUUUGAAUUAAGAGCGAAUAGAAUCGUCCCCUUAAAUGAGGACUUGCAAGUUUAAAAAGUUGUCUUCCAGGUGGGCUGCAGUAAAUGAAGGUGCUGGGAGGGCACUGAAAGCCCUUUUGGGGGUAAACCAGGGGGAUUUCUUAUAAGGGUUCAUUUAACACUCUGCGCCAUUAAAGAAGAAAUCCAGAACUUAGAUUUUCUCUAACUAUAUGUAAGCUGAUUAGUGUAUACAUCUAGGAUCAUAAUUUACUUUCAGUUUACUGAAUUUGUGAAUUUUUGCAUUCGUUUUAAUUUGUAAUUAAGUUUUCUCCAUGAAGCACACCAUAUGCCGGCAUUAAUUCUUUCUAGUUGAUUUCUUAGGAGAUACAUGAGUGCAUAUUCUGCUGCGAUUUUUGAGGUCUUUUGAAAAUCAAAUGACUACGUGUUUAGCCAUAUGGGCCUUUGUUAUUUAAAAUAGCAUGUGAUAAAGUAAGAGAAAGCAAAAUGCAAAAGGACGUGUUAUGGGGAAAAAAAUCACUGGAAAACUGUUGAAAACAUUGUUUUAAACACACACUUUUCAAUGCAGGGGGAGCGUUAUAUUUUUGAAACCUCUGUUUCCGGACCCCGCACUCUCUCUUACCGUCUGUGAACGUACAAUAUCACAAGUGCACAGGGAGAAACCACGGAAACCAGUUACUGCCCCACGCUUUUUACACGGGCUGCAGAUAAUCAUAUCCGCCUUCCAUGAGUUCAGUUGUCGCCAAUGUUUUCCUUUUAAACGUCUUAGCCCGGGCUUUGGCGUUAAGCUCCAGUUCAUCCGCCCCUACCGUGUCGGGGGUGAAAGGGGCCGACGGGUUUUCGGUUUUCCGAGGGAAUCCACCGUGCUCCCCAGCCGCCGGCCGUACGUGCGGGCUGCAGACUCGGCCGCCGGCGGGCGCGCGGCGCGCACUAGGACCCAGCAGGGCUCCGGGCCCGGGUGGGAGCCGCGCCGCCGACCCCGGGCGGGCGCCGGGGCUGGAGCCGGGGUUCCGGCCGCGAUCGGCUGCAGCUCGGCCGGGAGACGGCGCGACCCGGCGGCGGGGCCACCCGCGAGUCCAGCGCCGCCGCAGCCCCCCAAUGCGGCCGCGAGAAGCAGCGGGGGGGCAGGCGAUCGAAGGUAACGAAAAUGGGGCUCAUUUCCUGCCUCCUGAUCUUCUGCUCUGGUUCAGCAUUGUCACGAGAAGCCCUCACUGUUCAGGCUGCUGCAUUUGGGGGCACCCUUUGAUUUUUUUUAAGGUGCCCGCCCCCGUAUUUCCCCCUGGUUUCAGAUUGAUUUAUAGCAUGCAGUCCAAAUGGGAACGAUCCAGGGAUGGCAAGUUGUAUAUUUUCAUUAGUUUUGUCUCAAAAGUAAGUUCAUUAAAAAAAAAAAAAGUUUCUCAGGAAUUUGUGGAUAGUCGCCUUUUUAAAAAAAUCAAAAAUAGCAGACAAAUGGAUAAUUUUAAAAAUUAUCAAAUCAUUGCUGUAAUUCUGUUAAUUACUUCCCAGGUCUUUACUUUUGUGACACCCCCCCCCCCAUGGCAUUACUUUUAUUUUCAAGGAACUAACGUGUUAAAGGUGGAGUUUGGCUCGGGCAGAGUUUACAGCAUUGCUGUCGCAACUGUUUUGCUAUCAAUUAUAAACAGAGUGUCCAAUCUGUGGGCAGUUUAAACCUCUUUUCAAAUACUGUAACUGGUUAUCCUGAUAUGACAUCUACAGAUGGGAGUUUCCUUUGAGGGCCGUCGGAAUAUUUCUUUUUGGAGAAACACCGUUUUGAGGAGAAAACCGUGCUCUCUGGCCAGGGAGGCUGAAGAGACUAUUUUUCAUGCUUUGUUUAUACUCCCGGAUUGACGUUUGGGGACGGGAAACACAGUCUUUCUCGGCAGCUUUUCAUGGUCUGUCAAACUGCAGAGUGCAUCUCGGGGACACUCAGAAGCCAUAGGCGACCCACCUCCUUCGCCCUUUUCCUGGAGAGUGGAAAGUGAACUCCCUGAACUAGAGCCCCCCUCUGGGGUCUGUAAACAGAAACAGGACCCACCUGUGUGGUCAGGAAAACAGAAGUGGUCCCCCCCACCCCCGUGUCAGGAGCUGUCAGGAACCUCUCCAUAAUGAACAGUGUUCAGGGACCCUGAGCAAUUAGAGCUCAUUUGCAUGGCGUGGAAGGGCCCUGGGCCCCCUUCCCCGCUGGGCUCUUCCGGCUCCCCCUCCUCUCUGACUUCCCCGGAGACAGGUGCGAGCUUCUGGCUGCUGCAAGGUCCAGCUGGCAGGAGAACUCCAACUUGUCAUCACAGAAAUAAAAUUUGUCACCUCCAUGUUCCCAA